CAAGGAUUAGCCCCAAAGCUUAUCCCAUAAAUUCCACACAAUCCUCUUUACUACACACAUCAAAUCACCAAUCCUAUUUCUCUCCAUCUCACAUUUCUCCUCCAACAAUGGCUCAUCAAAAGCCUCUUUCUCUCAUUCUUCUAUCUAUAAUCCCACUUUUCUUCAUUCUUUUUCCUCAAAUAACUCAAGCUCAAUCUCCAACAGCACCAGCACCUGCUCCCUCAGGACCAAUUGACAUCUUUGCAAUCCUCAAAAAAGAAGGACAAUACAACACAUUCAUCAAAUUCCUUAAUGAAUCACAAGUUGGAAACCAAAUCAACAACCAAGUCAACAAUUCCAACCAAGGCAUGACAGUUUUUGCCCCAUCAGACAAUGCCUUUAACAACCUCCCAAGUGGCACACUCAACAAACUAAAUGACCAACAAAAAGUACAACUCAUUCUGUACCAUGUCAUCCCAAAAUUCUACACAUUUGAUGACUUACAAACAGUCAGCAACCCUGUUAGGACACAAGCAACAGGGCCAAAAGGUGAGCCUUUUGGACUUAAUUUCACUGGAUCAAACAAUCAAGUGAAUGUCUCAUCUGGUACUGUAGUAACAAAUGUUUAUAAUGCUAUAAGAAAAGACCCCCCAUUGGCUGUAUAUCAAUUAGACAAAGUUUUAGUGCCUUCUGAAUUUACUGAUGCUAAAGCUCCAUCUAGUAAUGAUGCCCCUGCCCCUGCUGGUAACACAACCAAGAAAGGUGGUAGUGCUGAUAAAACAGCAGCUGAAGAACCAUCAUCAGCAAGUACUAAACCAAAUGAUGCUAAGAGGAUUAAUGUUGGAAUUCUUGGUUUGAUUUCUGGUAUUUUCUUGAUGGGAGCACUUUCUUGAAGGGGCAAAAAGUAUUAGAGAUAUUAAAUUAUGAUCUUUUGCUUAUAAAAGUUCAUUCUUGCCAUUUUGUACUCCUUUAUUUUCUUCAUGAUUGAUUGUUGUUUGUUAAUUUUUAUGAUUUCAUUCUUUUUCUGAUGUAAUUUCUUUCUUCAUAUGAGUAAUUACAGCUGUACAAUAAAAAAAAAUGUAGUUGUGCUUU